CGCGACCUCAUUCAGACGUGUCCAACAGAAACAGGAGUUUGUGUGGAAGCAGAAGACCUCCUGCAAAACAUAAACUGCUGCGUAUUUGCAAAAAUGUACCGAUCGGGAAUCUGUUUUAUCAAGUGACACUUUUUCCCGCCGAGUUUUUAUAAACAGGGAACAAACAUGGGAACAGCUUUGGCUAUUGGUCUUGUUUUUAUCGGAUGCUGUAGCAAUGUGGUGUCUCUGGAGCUGCUUGUAAGAGAAUUUCCAGGAUGUGGCAACAUAGUCACCUUUGCUCAGUUUUUAUUCAUUGCUCUGGAAGGUUUCAUCUUUGAAACUAACUUUGGGAGGAAGAAACCAGCAAUUCCUGUAAGAAACUAUGUGAUCAUGGUGGCCAUGUUCUUCACAGUCAGUGUGAUCAACAACUACGCUCUCAACUACAACAUCGCCAUGCCAUUACACAUGAUCUUCAGAUCAGGAUCGCUAAUCGCUAACAUGAUCCUGGGAAUAAUCAUCCUAAAGAAAAGGUAUUCUGCCAGUAAAUAUCUGUCUAUAGCUUUAGUUUCAGCUGGUAUCUUCAUCUGCACCAUCAUGUCAGCCAAACAAGUGAAUGUGGCCAGUGAGGGAUCAGAAGAGCAAGGCUUUAAUGCCUUGAUGCGCUGGCUUAUAGGUAUUGCCAUGUUGACCUUUGCUCUGCUGAUGUCUGCCAGGAUGGGAAUUUUCCAGGAGACACUGUACAAGCAGUAUGGAAAACACUCCAAGGAGGCCCUCUUCUAUAAUCACUGCCUGCCUCUGCCGGGCUUCCUGCUUUUUUCCACAGACAUCUACAACCACUGUGUCCACUUCAGUCAAAGCACUCCUGUAGUUGUUCCUGAGGUUGGAUUGACUGUGCCGAUAAUGUGGAUCUACCUGCUGGUCAACGUCAUCACACAGUAUGUGUGCAUCCGUGGUGUGUUCAUUCUGACCACCGAGUGCGCCUCGCUGACUGUCACUCUUGUGGUGACCCUGAGAAAGUUCCUCAGCCUCAUCGUCUCCAUCAUUUAUUUCCAAAACCCCUUCACUACCUGGCACUGGGUGGGCACGGCCGUGGUCUUCCUGGGCACUCUGCUGUACACGGAGGUGUGGAGCAGCGUGCAGGCGGCUCUGCGUGGACCCGACGUCAAGGAGAAGAAGGCGGAGUGAAGAAGAAGGGACUGGUGGUCAAAUAGAAAAACAGCAGCUAUGUUGGACUUCAGCAAUUUUAUACAGUUGUUUCAUUUUGUUUUCAUACUUGAACACACAUCAGACACACAACGGUUUAAAGGAGAGGGCUGGUGAGAUUAUAUAUUUUCAUCAUUGUAAAUAAACCCAGGAAAAGACCAGAAAUCAACAGUGUUAGUUUGUAUCAAAAUACUAUUCGACCUCCCGACUGUCUCUGUGUAAUUCAGGACAAAGGACUUUUGCUCCAGCUACCUGCUCAGCACCAAACAGCAGACAGACACAGUUAGCGACCAGCUGGUCAACAUAGUGGAGCAUUUAGCCGACAGAGCUGGUGGAGACCAAAAACAGAGCAAAAAGUACAGUGAAAAUUGGACUUUAUCAGGUUGCUCUAUAAAUGCUGUGUGUAAAUAAACUGGUUGCAGUUUUACCAUAUGAACUUAAGAUGAUAUGUCUAGAGCUGCGUAGAUUAAUAGAUUAAAAGCAAAUAAAUUGGCAUAUUUUAUCUGUAAAUAGUUUUUAAUUUUUUAAGCAAAAUCCCAAACAGUUGAUAGUUUCAGAUUCUCAAAAAAUGCUGCUUUUUGUUUUUGGUCUUCACAAUAUCGUUAAUUGAAUAUUUGGGGGCUUUUGACUGUACAACAAAAUGUUUGAUGAUGUGACCUUCUGCUCUAAGCUAUUGCGAUGGGCUUGUUUCACUGUUUUAUGAUCUUUCAUUGACCAAAAGGUUAUUGGAUAAUGAAAAUAAUUGUUAGUUGCAGCCUUACUGUAGAUAUGUUGAUGUUGUGUUCACAGUCUGUUUCCACAGUUAUUGCAGGUUUAAAAACAACUAAUAUCUAAUUUUAUUUUUUCAAAAGGUUAAAUAAUUUCCUAAAACAGUUGGGAACUGUAGUUUUUAGCCAACACUACAGGAAUGGGGGGAGCUAUUUUCAGCUGCAGAUUAAUACACUGUUGGUACACUGAUCAGUAUUUAAAGCAGCAGGACUGUGUUUUGUUUAGGCUUGACUGAAAAACAUACAUUGGGCUUUGAUCAAUUCAUUGUUGGUUUCAGUCUUUAAAUGGGAGUUGUUGAUAAUAAAAAUAUUGAAAGAAAAUAUAGAACAUCACCAUCCCUUAUCUUUGCCAUUAGUAUAUCACAUCCAUAGAUGCAAACUGUUGCAACUUUUUUUUUGUCUAGAAUGUUGUUCAAAUAUUUAUUUUCUAAAGGUGACAGCUAGUUUACUCCAUACUAGCAUCGAUGCUACCAUUCAUCCAGUAGGUUUACACUGAACACUUGCACUGUUGGGGAUGAUUUAUGGACCAUGUAGUAGCUGUAAUUUAUUUUCUCUUGUGUCAAAUUGUCUCAGGUGUAUUUCUCAUCUGGAAACAGUAGGAACAAAUCUUUACACUCCGCACCCGCUGAAAUUAAAAUGACAACCUGGCUACAAACAUAGA